UCAACAGAGCAUAGAGUAUUACCAGAGUGUGGUUGGAAUGUUGGCAGCUCUACAGGAUAUCUAGAAGAUUCGUUGUGUUAGCAUCCAUGUGGGUGCUCAUGUAAUCCCUUUUCCGGUUGACGAAAGGAAGAUGACUGGGUUUGGGAAUAAAGCCAUCCUUAUAGAUGGCAGGGGCCAUCUUCUUGGUCGUUUGGCAUCAAUUAUUGCCAAAACUGUCCUUCAAGGCACUAGGGUCAUUGUUGUUAGGACUGAGCAAAUCAACAUUUCUGGAAACUUUUUCAGGGCUAAGCUGAAAUAUCUUUCAUUUCUGCGCAAGAGGUGCAAUGUGAAUCCUGCUAGGGGUCCAUAUCACUUCAGAGCACCAAGCAAAAUUCUGUGGAGGACAGUUAGGGGCAUGCUGCCGCACAAGACUGAACGGGGAAAGGCAGCAUUGAAACGUCUGAAGGCAUUCGAAGGCUGUCCUCCUCCAUAUGACAGACGGAAGAGGAUGGUAGUCCCAAACGCUAUGCGAGUCAUGUGCCUGAAGCCAGGCAGAAAGUACUGCCAUUUGGGACGGCUGUCGCACGAGGUGGGAUGGAAAUACAAGCACGUGGUGCGUACAUUGGAGCUGAAGAGGAAGGUGAAGACUAUCCUUCGUGUCCGCAAACAUAAACAACUGAAGAAACUUACCCAUGAAGCUGGUGAAAGGGUCGCAAAACAAGUUGAACCAUACACCAAAGUAAUCAAGUCAUAUGGAUAUAACUGAAAGUGUAAAACAAUUGUGUGUACUGAUUUAUUUCUUGUGUGAAAGAAACAGAGUUGGAAAGUAACAGUA